AUGUCGAGACUCGUGGGCGUCAACAGAUCUAUUCGCCAGAAUCUCGACUCUAGGUUCACCAAGAAUAAUAGCAUGGCAGCCUUCCUGGCGAGGAUCCCGAUCACUUUUACAGAGAAGCAACUUGUAUUACCAGUAGAUCCCGUCUCCCCUCCAGCGCCCGUUUAUCAGACAUUCCAUCUAAACGACCAGGGCAAAGCUAUAUCCAAAAACGCGUCUACUAGCAUCUUCUUCACGAGAACAUUGAUACUCCAUGCCGUGCGCGAGGUCACAAAGCCGAAGUGCCACGAUUUGGCUGAAUUGUUUACUGGGGCAACAGUCCCCUAUGGCUAUCUGACCAGCUCCAACAAUUCUUCUCGCUUUUAUCUGGAUUUUGAGAAGGAAUUUGAACACCUUCAUAUCUGCGAAACUGCUCCUGACAUUCGGUAUGCCGGGAGCGCCGACAUGGCAAUCAUAGUGCAUCAAGAGAAGAUGGAACCUGGAAUUCACGUAUGCGUUAUGGCCAAAGCACCCGGAGUAUUUCAUAUCGCCUUUGAUGAGAUGAUCAGAUCACUGGCAGUGAUCCAGGCAGGGCGGCAUCGGCUAGAGAAUGGGGGCACGUAUCCGGUGGUCUGGGGAGUUUUGUCUUUGGGGAUGAGAUACAGAUUCAUUCAUCUCGGCGAGAAUCGUGAGUGCUACUGGUCCGGUUAG